AUGGCCGCAACAAAGCCGACCAUCCUCCUCAUCCCCGGCGCCUGGUUCCACCCCUCAACCUACGAUGCUUUCCUCUCCCGCCUCCAACACCUCUCCUUCCCCACCGCAUACGCUUCCUAUCCCUCCCUGAACCCCUCCCACCCCGCAUCCGCCGACGCAGCCGCCGACACCGAAACCGUCCUCAAGCGCUCUCUCCUCCCCCUGAUCGAGACCGAAGGCAAGGACGUCGUCAUCGUGAUGCACUCCUACGGCGGCGUGCCCGGAAGCGGUGCGGCGCGGGGAUUAAGCAAGGUGCAGCGGAGUGGCGAGGGGAAAAAGGGAGGGGUUGUGGGCCUGGUACACAUUUCCGGGUUCGUCUUGCCCGGCGGGGCGAGCGUGGCGGACGGACAAGGGGGCGAACUGCCCGGAUGGGUGAAACAAAACGAGCCAUCCCCCGGCCUCACCAUGCCCGCAAACCCCCUCGCCAUCCUCUCCGCCGACAUCGACCCCCCCGUCGCGGCGGCCAACGCCUCCCGGCUCGUCCCGCACGCGCUGCUGGCCUUCAAGUCCCCCGCCCCGGCGCCCGCGUGGACGGGCCCGGGCUUCGAGCGGAGGCUGGCCUACCUCGUGUGCACGGAAGACGAAGCGAUACCCAAGUUCGGCCAGGAGGCCAUGAUGCAGGGGACCGGGGUGGAGUGGGCCGUGAGGGAGAUGGCGGGGAGUCACAACGCUCCGUUUUUGAAGAAGGCGGACGAGACGGCUGGGGCGGUGGACGCGUUCGUGGAGGGGUUUUUGAAGUUGGGAACGUGA